CGGUGCGUCUCUCUCUCCGCCGGAGCGCCGGAGUUCAGUCACAUACCGGGGAGGGAAAUGCUGGGGACGGACGAGCACGGAGAGAUCCGCAAACGAGCCGGCAGAGGGAUGAAGCGCAGCUUCAGCCCGGCCGGCGAACACCGGGGCGGCCCGUCGCUGGAGAGCGAGCCCUGCGGCGCGGCGUCUGACGGCCAGCAAGGGGCGCCGGAGCACAGGCCCAAGCGGGAGAGGAAGCACAAGACAUAUACACUGUGUGAGGUUUGCAACAUCCAGCUGAACUCGCCUGCGCAGGCGCAGAUACACUACAACGGCAAGUCGCAUCAGAAGAGGCUCAAGCAGCUGGCCAGCGGCAAGCCCCUCGGCAUCGUGGGCACCCCCUCCCAGAGCAGCUCCCUGCUGGCUUCCCUUCCUGUGCCUGGACGUCCUCUACAGCCUCAACUGGACUUCAAGCACCUCCUGCCCUUCCAGCUCAAUGGCUCCUCCCCCCUCAGUCUCUUCCCCAAUUUCAAUACGAUGGACCCGGUUCAGAAGGCCGUGAUCAACCACACCUUUGGGGUUCCUCAGCCGCUCAAGAAGAAACCCGUCAUUUCCUGUAACAUUUGCCACCUGCGGUUCAACUCCACGAACCAGGCAGAGGCGCACUACAAGGGCAACAAGCAUGCCCGCAAGAUAAAGGCCAUGGAAGCACAGAAGAACAAGCAGAGGCAUCUGGUGGAGCCAGCUGGGCGGGACCGGGACCGGGACCGGGACUGGGAGCAGGACAAGGGCCGGGAGAAAGUGACGGCAACAGAGACUCCCACGGCGCUGAUGGAUAGCGCCCUUCCACAUGAUUCGGAGCUGGUAAGACUGGAGGAGUCCCCGGGGGGCUCUGUCUUGCUCACCCCCAUAUCGGAGGCGUCAUCGCAGGAGCUGGCCACCCUGACCUCGCCCUACGUGUCCCCGGGCCCGCAACAGUCCGUCUCGGCGGAUCCCUCCAGCAACGAGGUCCCGAGCCUGUCCUCUGAGCCCCCCUCCCGGGAUCUACCCAAUGGCGAGGGGGAGGCCAUCCUGGAUGUGGAUAAAGACCCCAAAAAAAACAGGCAGCAUCUCCACUGCCCCGUGUGUAAAGUCACCGUCAACUCAGUGUCGCAGCUCGACGCGCAUAACAGCGGGUCCAAACACAAGUUGAUGCUGGAGGGUCAGUGCGCUCAGCCACGGCGCCGGAGCAAAAUAGCGGCCUGCCGGAGCAAACGGAUCGGGGCCAAGAGCAGCCUGAGCGUCACCGGCAAGGACUACCACUGCGAGGUUUGCGAGAUCCACGUGAACUCGGAAACGCAGCUGGAGCAGCACAUGAACAGCAGGAGGCAUAAGGACCGUCUGGCGGGAAAACCCCCCAAGCCCAAGUUCAGCCCACACACCAAGAGCCAGCAAAACUCUCUGCUACCUAACGUGCGAUGGAGCGGCUAUGCCAGUGGGGCCGUCUCUGCCGUCAAGAAGGUGUUCGGCCACUACAACCUCAGCUCCCUCUCCUCUCAGACCAAACUGGCUCUCCACAAGCAGCUGACCAAGAGCCUGACUGCAAGUUUUCUGCCCAGCCCGCUGAGCCCGGCCGCCCUGUGCACGGUGACCGCCAACCCGCUGGCGCUGCGACACCCGGCAGGAACCGCCACCUUCAUCCAAGCCCCCCUGCUCAGCCCCGCGCUCUUCCGGCCCGCCCCUGGGCCCCUCAGGGCAUCGCACACCCCCAUCAUCUUCUCCCCCUACUAGCACUGGCGGGGGGGGGGCAUCUUGGGGCUAGUGGAUCUAUGCAGCUGGCGAGAGCGACGACAGACAGCUGGCUGCAUGGAGGUCCUUCUGUAGACAUGCAAGGCGACGGGACACAUGGCAGCCAUGCCUUCAGCCCUCUUUGUGUUUGUCUUUUCACGUCUCACAUGUGGCCCAAACGGACCUUUGUCAACAGCCUGGAGAAGUAUUCACACAGCAGGCGUUUCCAUAAUUGUGUGGUUUUUUUUCUUAUUUAUUAGAACAAAACUGUGUAAAAAUGGCCUCUGCAAAUAAGAUACUUGAUGUUUCUUGACGUAUGUCUAAGCAGACGUGACAGGGACUCACCCAUGAGCCACCCCGUUGGAGCUUAGCACAGGAUGAUGUCAUCCUGAUUCUUUAACAAGUGAUGCAGAUCCUUGGCUUUUCUUGGGGGGGGGGGCAGGAGAAUGUAGUUGGGCUCUAAAAACAGGCACAAGUCAAGCCAAUUAUGCCAUCUCUAAACUGCAAUGCACUGUGGGUAAUAGUCAUGAUUUUUUAUUAUUCUGUAGUGUGUGUGGGGGGGGGGGGCUAGGAUGCAUUCAGUGUAAGACAAUCUGUGGAUGUCAAGGUAUUUGACAAACCUGUAAUUUUACCCGCAAUUUUAAUGUCCAUCCAGACAAUUCUGCCACGGAGUCCCACAACCAGACUCUCUAUAUAUAUAGUCUACAAGGAACCUUUAAGAACAGUGCAAAUAAGAUGCAUAUUUUCCCCGUUUUGCUAGACAGUAAUGAGGUGCAGUUCCACAUGGAAUUAAAUUUGUAGCGCACCUAGCAUAGCAUCUUGAUAGGAAUGGGUGAAUGGCUUAAUCAAACUUAGGUGUAGCAUAUGCUUAAACAGCAUCAGGACUGCUGACAGGCUAGGGGACAGGGAGCUAGGAGACAGAGAGCUAGGGGACAGGGAGCUAGGGGACAGAGAGCU